GCCUGAGCGGGAGAGCCGCGGCGAGGGCGCUGGCGGAGAAGCGGCAACGUCGUGGCUGAUCUCGCACUGCACCCAGGAUUUGCUUUCUUCUUACGCUGGGCUGGGGGGCCCAGGACGGAGUUAUCCGAGCAGGAGAAAACUUGCUUGGGGUGAGCUCGGGCCGCCCCGGAAAUGCGAUGGCCGAGGAGCAGGCACUGAGGACCAGACCGAGAUUGGGCUUCAAAUCAAGACACUGCAUUCUCCUAGAAAAAACAAAGAGUUUGUAACGGUGAACAUGGUGUAAUCUGCAUUAACAUCCCACACCAUGAAGGCAUGACAAUUAAGGAACACAUGUGGACUUGUGGCACAUGGAAAUGUGUGCACAGAAAAAAGAAAUCUGUAAUUCUUUAAAAACAGGAAGGUGUUCUUCCUCACCAAAAUGGGUACAUUUUGCUCAGUCAUCAGGUUUGAAAAUCUCCAAGAAUUAAAGAGACUUUGUCACUGGGGUCCCAUUAUAGCCCUUGGUGUUAUAGCAAUAUGUUCUACCAUGGCCAUGAUUGACUCUGUUUUGUGGUAUUGGCCCUUACAUACCACUGGAGGAAGCGUGAAUUUCAUCAUGUUGAUAAAUUGGACUGUCAUGAUUCUUUAUAAUUAUUUCAAUGCCAUGUUUGUUGGUCCUGGCUUCGUCCCUCUGGGGUGGAAACCGGAAAAUUCUCAGGAUAGCAUGUACCUCCAGUAUUGUAAAGUCUGCCAAGCAUACAAGGCACCACGGUCACAUCACUGCAGAAAGUGUAACAGAUGUGUGAUGAAGAUGGACCAUCACUGUCCUUGGAUCAACAACUGCUGUGGUUACCAAAAUCAUGCUUCGUUCACACUGUUUCUCCUUCUAGCACCACUGGGUUGUAUUCAUGCUGCCUUUAUUUUUGUUAUGACAAUGUAUACACAGCUUUAUAAUCGGCUCUCCUUUGGGUGGAACACGGUCAAGAUUGAUAUGAGUGCAGCCCGGAGAGAUCCUCUUCCAAUAUUUCCGUUUGGAUUAGCUGCAUUUGCUGCCACCUUGUUUGCCUUGGGAUUAGCUUUAGGAACAACCAUAGCUGUUGGGAUGUUAUUUUUUAUCCAGAUGAAAAUAAUUCUCAGAAACAAAACUUCUAUUGAAUCAUGGAUUGAAGAGAAGGCUAAAGAUCGAAUUCAAUAUUAUCAACUAGAUGAAGUCUUUGUUUUUCCUUAUGAUAUGGGAAGUAGAUGGAAGAACUUUAAACAGGUAUUUACAUGGUCAGGGGUCCCUGAAGGAGAUGGACUGGAGUGGCCAAUAAGAGAAGGCUGUCAUCAGUACAGCUUAACAAUAGAGCAGUUGAAACAAAAAGCAGAUAAAAGGGUCAGAAGUGUUCGGUAUAAAGUCAUAGAAGAUUACAGUGGCUCCUGCUGUCCUUUGAAUAAAGGGAUCAAAACCUUCUUCACCAGCCCCUGCACGGAAGAGCCUCGGAUAAGGCUCCAGAAAGGGGAGUUCGUUUUAGCCACAAGGGGGUUACGAUACUGGUUGUAUGGAGAUAAAAUUCUUGAUGACUCCAUUAUAGAAGGUAUGGAAGUGGAAGAGAGUGUUGAAAGGACAAGACUGCCAGCACUAACUGUGUUUCAAGAGUAAGAGGAUGGUUCCCUAGAAACUGUGUGGAAAAAUGUCCGUGCGAUACUGAAACAGAAUCAGCCCCAGAGGGCGAGAAGAAAAAUAGAUAGCCAAUGUUAAAGCAAAAUUACUCUAAUUCCGCUCCAUUACUUGAAAAUUGUACAUAUUACUAAAGAAUUAUGCAAUGAGCCUACUCUGGUUAAGGUGUUCUUUUCCUCAAAGGUGCCCUAGUGCCAUGAGCUAAAUAUUUUUAUUACCAUUUGAAAUGGAAAAGCCAUUCUGCACAUGCCUUUGAAUUCCUGCGCCUCUCUGCCACCUCACCCUCUCCUCAGAAGGAAAAACACUUCACCCAAGUAAGUCGAUUGCAUUUUCUCCAGGAUUUUGUAAUGCACUGCACAGGAUGGACCUCACCUGCAGAUAGAGUUCUCCCUUUGCCAGGAGCAUCUGCAUGUGAUGCUUUUAUCCUCUUUUCCUCUCAGCCGAAAUUUCUUAUGUAAUACUCUAGAUACUAUAGAUCUUAAUUUGUCAGAUUCAGUAUAAGCUCAGAUUUUAUUACUCGUCUUUUAAUAACAAAGAUUUUGUCAAAUCAAAUAAAGAUCAAUGUCUGUAUAAAUCAUA